AUGCAGGAAUGCUACAAUCCUCAUCACAGAAUUCUUCCAGUAGGCAGUGGGGCGUCAUCAGCGGCGUUUGUUCCUCGUCGGACGCUCUGUGUUACGUGUCUUUUGAAUCAGUUUGAGCGACUCCCCACAAACGUUGCCGUUCAGGCACUGCAGGAUACUGUACUUCUGCUGCAGCAAAGUUUUUCCCCUCUGUUUUGUAAGCAGGGUUUGGGAAUUGGAGAUAAGGAUUCAUCGGACACCGGUGCCGUACCGGCUGUCUUACUGGCGUCACUAUGGGGAUCAUUUCUGUCUUUUCGUGAUGCACUUACGCAGCUGGCGGAAAGUUUGUGCGCCUCGUCCUCAUUGCAUCGGCAUGUGCAGCUUUACAAGGCAAGUCUGACGUUGCUUAGUCUCCUCUUCUCACUGUUGAGGGAGGCCGCAGAGCAUGCUCCGAAGAUGGGUGGUGGGGCGUGCUCUCUGGAGGGAGCCCCUCUGGGGGUGGAGGACCGCGAAGAGGAGAGCGCUGCGGGCUCAGUGUAUCACGUGACUCUUUCAGGACUGGCACGCCGCAUGUGUGAUGCGGUGCGCGUGGGCCUUUCAAAGGAAGGGGAGUCCCCCGCGGGUCUUCUCCUUCUGACGGAUUUGGCUGACAUGAGUCCCACCUUCAUGCGGGCUCUUUCUGAGCACUGCGUCUCCGCCGUUUGCACCUUCCUGCCAUCCCUGCGAGAUGCAUAUCGGGUGGAACUGACGCUUUACCUUCUUCACCAGAUCUUUGACACGUGUGCGACACAUCCGACACUGUUAGAGGAUCUGGCGACUGUGUUGUCUUCUCCCAGCAACGGCGAUGCGCUGCGUGGCUCCUUCCUGGACUACUUGGCAGGGGUAUUGGAGACGUUUAGAGAUGAUGAACCGGUUGUCGUGAAUGCGCUUUGCCUCGCAAGAUUUCUCGUGACAUACGAGACGACAACGACGGCGCUCCUGUUCCCUCGAGUAGUCGACAGUGCCGGCAACAGUAGCUGUGACUCCUGCGCAAGCGUGCCAGUGCGACUUUUUCGCCACUUAACGUUGCUGUUGCUGCACCUUAAUGUUGAUAUUGUUGUGGCUGCAGCAGAAACUGUGCGAGAGCUCAUUGUGGCGACGCAGUUGGUGAGAGGUGAGUAUGGCGAUAUUGCAGAUUACGUUAUUGAGUCUCUUCGAACAGCAUCGGCGGAUUCUGCGGUGAUGUUGGUGUCCUUGUUGAAUGUACUCCCAACCGAAAUGAUGCCCGCGGGUCCUACUCUCCGUGUUAUUUUUGAACUUACAGAAAUCAGCGGCAACGCCUUUGAAGCCGCAGUGAAGGGGCCACAUUUUUUGGCGGCUGUCACAGAUCCAUUUAGCAAUGUCAAUGCUGUAGCCCGACAGGUCGUGCAGACUGUGCAUAAUGGAGGCGGCAUUUCGCUUCAUUGUUUUUUGCUUCAAUUGCUUUCCCUGGAGGCUGCUUGUGGGGGACUCAACAUUGGGACAGGCACGCUUGUCCCGGAGACUGUUUCGGUCCUUGUGAAUACAUUAUUGCAGCUUGUAACGGAGUCCUGUGGACCUGCGCUUCUUGAAGAUGAGCUGCGUGAAGGUCAGUGGCCCUUUAAUAAUCGUUUAUUAUCUCUUUCCAGUGACACGAUGCGGUGCCUCAUUUCCGCAGUGGUGUUUUUGCUUCCCAUGUGUCAGGAGUUUCUGCUUCGUCUCACCACGGAGAUCGUUGCUGAGGCGUUGCGUCAGUGCUUGGAAGUCGGCUUCGCCGCCGUGGACAGUCGUUCCCUUCUUUUUGACGGAAGCACCGGCACCCUCUUGUUAUUUCUCAGCGACAAGGUGCUGGAGCAUGCCGCGGCCGUCAGGGGCGACGGAGGCACGGUGGCUGACGGACUUGUGGAGCGGCAGGUGUGCCACCUUCUUGAAAACGACCUGCUCACCCAGUUGCUUCGCGUCGAAGGCGACGCUGCCGCACUUCGGGCGCGUAUUUUGCAUCACUUUAUGCAGCUUACGGAGGCCAACCGUAACGCGGCGAGCGCGGACCUGCCCGGCGCUCUUCUCCUGGACGACUCCGCGUCGCUGCGGGCGCUGCUAGAGAAGUCGUUCUGCCAGCACCCUCACUGGGCAGCUUCGCUGCUGCUGGCGCUUGCCGCGACUAGCUGCUCCGCGCCGGUGGAGGCUCACGUGCUUGAAGAAUUUUUAUUUCGGCAACUCUCUUUGCUCCCUUGCUUUUCGGAAGAGGCGAGACGGUUGGUCGUAGCCGGCGGUGGCGGCGAUGAUGUCUCUAGUACUACUCACGUGGGGGACGACGACCACGCUAUUGCUGCUCUCACCGCCUUGAAGACCAGUGCGGCCUACCACAGAUGGAGAGGUGAAUUACCCCAGCGAGGAUGUCUGCACGUGGAUUCCGUCGGUGCCACGGCUCGAGUGUGCGGAGUGCCAGAGGAGCUUUCCUUCGUUUUCUUUCAGCUGUUUCGCUCCGAGGAAAGGGCAUGGUUGGAUGCCUUGCAGUCUUGUGGCUGGGGAACAGCGCUGCUAGCCGUCUUAGUCUCCUCCACCGUCAUGCACAUGAAAUGUGACGGUCCCACGGAGAACGUUAAGGAGGCGCAUGAUUAUCUCUUUUCCGAUGUGAUGCCAGGGCACACUGAGGAAGAAGAAGAGGCGUCACUCUGUCACCUUGUGGUGACGCUCGCCUCGACGUGUAACCUUUUUCUCUUCCAACUCUUUGGGAUUGUGCGUAGGUCGGCUGCCACCAACCUUCCUCUCAGUCGCCGUGUUAUUUGUUUUUUGUGCCAAUGUAUGACGCUGGCUGCGGGUGGGGCGGGGCCCAUGUCGACCGCAUUUAUUCAGACGCUGCUUGAGCAGCACGUGACACCUUUUUUGCUUUUCAGAGAAGUUUCUGCUCUUACGGGGGAUGUAGCACGCCUUCUUGUGUUGGCUCUUGCCCGAUUGCCAGUCGGUGUGGCGAGUUGCUGCGAUCACACCCUGUUUAAGUGGUCUUUGCAACACGUGGCACACCCAAAGGCACAAGUGUACACGUGGCAUGUUGUUUUUCUUUUGCUGGAGCGUGCGCACGGAAACGAGUUCGCCUUGCGGUAUGACUCGGAACUUGAAAGGAAACUGCAAGCCGAUUGGACUGGGCAGCUGUCCCCUUGUGUUGCAGCUGCUCUGGCAACGGUGCAGUGGAUGGUGGAUGGGGCGAUGCGACGGCGCAAGGUUUGCCGUGUGAGCUCUAUUGUUCCAAUGCCCUUGAAGGAAUGGGCACGGAGCUCCUCGCAACACGUCCUGCUGCGAGCUUUUAUUAUUUCAGCCGUCGAACGACAGACGAGGGAAGCGAUUCCAGACAUGAAUCUCCUCCAGGCAGCGCCUAUGCUUCUCGGUUGGGCAGGUGAGAUGUUUGCUCGGCGAUGCGCCACAGUGGCGACAUCACGUUUGUUGUACACGCUAGUGAAGAUGCGUCCGACGCUUUUGGCCUCGUUGGAGGCUCUAGGGUUGUUUCUACAAGUGACAACCACUGCAACCACGGCAACCGCCUGCCCCACCCCCACUUCUUUCCAGCUUUCCCUGAUUGAGGAACGGGCAUGGGUGUUUGCCGCCUUGCUCUUCUCCUGGCCACCGUGGGGUGUGUCGGGCGGGCUGAAGGGGGCGGUGGAUGCGUUUCUCGCAACGCUGGAGAUGCCUCCGCGUGUGUGUAACGGGCAAAAACGAUCACGUGAGGAGGAGUUACAUGUCGCUGAUGCGCAGGAGGUGAGAGCUUGCUGUGCGGUGGAGGCACUCGUGAAGGCCUGUGAGCGCCAGUCUGCGGAGCAUGGGGCAUUUCCACUGAACCGUGCGAAGGACUUUUUCAUCCUUCGAUGCAAUGCCCGACCGGAGGUUAACCACCUGCGCGACGUUAUAUUUGCAUCGGUGCAUGAGGGCUGCGAGCUGUUUGUUCCCUCCUAG